GGAACUGACAGGUCCGCGGAUCGCCGGAGGCUCUCUUCUUUCACGUCCGCAUGUUCCCAUAAAACGACACUUUUCGGGAGCGAGACGAGGACUUUUGUGUGACACCGAGGAGUGAAAGGAAGGAAGGGCAUUUCAUGUGUCCAAAAAAAAAAAGUGACACUUUGGAAGAGUUAGUGCGUGUGUGUGUGUGUGUGAGUGUGCGUGUGCGCGCUCAGCAGCCUGGAGGCGCCUCUCACCGAGCCGUCUGCAGUUUCCCAGCCGGACACAAAGUCACACUUUUCGGUCUGGAGCGCUUCGGAGGGUGGGAGGAAGGAGAAAGUUUGCUCGGAAACUUCGUGGAGACUUUUGUAACCCGCAGAGCAGGUCGGGUGCUGACUCCAGCAGACUUUGGGACAGUGAAGCGUUUUCCUCCCGUCCUCCCCCUCUUUUCUCUGACUGCACCAGUCCCGAGCCCACAGCAGAGCUCUUUCUCCAGGCCCGGCUGUGCGGCGGGGACGCGGCGGACCAUGGACAACAGAUCGGUCCGGAGGGGACGAACCGGUGCGGCCCGACAUCUGCUGCUGGCAGCCGCCCUGCUGGCCUGCAGCUCCCAGCUGCUGCUGGUCGAUGCCAACUCGUGGUGGUCACUGGGUCUGAUGCCAAUUCAGCGCCCAGAGAUGUAUAUUAUCGGGGCUCAGCCUCUCUGCAGUCAGCUCUCCGGCCUUUCCCAGGGUCAGAGGAAGCUCUGCCAACUCUACCAGGACCACAUGACCUACAUCGGAGAUGGAGCCAAGACGGGCAUCAAGGAGUGCCAGUAUCAGUUCAGACAGAGGAGGUGGAACUGCAGCACCGUGGACAACACGUCUGUGUUUGGACGAGUCAUGCACAUUGGCUCCAGAGAAACGGCCUUCACCUACGCCAUCAGCGCGGCCGGCGUGGUCAACGCCAUCAGCCGGGCGUGCCGCGAGGGCGAGCUGUCCACCUGCGGCUGCAGCCGCGCCGCCCGGCCCAGGGACCUGCCGCGGGACUGGCUGUGGGGCGGCUGCGGAGACAACGUGCACUACGGCUACCGCUUCGCCCGCGAGUUCGUCGACGCCCGAGAGAGGGAGAAGAACUACCCCCGCGGGUCGCCCGAGCACGCCCGCACCCUGAUGAACCUGCACAACAACGAAGCAGGGAGACAGGCGGUCUACAAUCUUGCUAACGUGGCCUGUAAGUGCCACGGGGUCUCGGGUUCCUGCAGCCUGAAGACCUGCUGGCUCCAGCUGGCCGACUUCAGGCGUGUCGGUGAAUUCCUGAAGGAGAAGUACGCCAGCGCCGCCGCCAUGCGGAUCGGACGCAAGGGAAAGCUGGAGCUGGAAGACAAGCGCUUCAACACCCCGACCGCCGAGGACCUGGUCUACAUCGACCCCAGCCCGGAUUACUGCCUCCGCAACGAGACCACGGGCUCCCUGGGCACGCAGGGCCGCCUGUGCAACAAGACCUCGGAGGGGAUGGACGGCUGCGAGCUGAUGUGCUGCGGCCGAGGCUACGACCAGUUCAAGACGUACAAGCACGAGCGCUGCCACUGCAAGUUCCACUGGUGCUGCUACGUCAAGUGCAAACGCUGCACGUCGCUGGUGGACCAGUUUGUGUGCAAAUAACCCGCCGGCGGACGUGAAGUCAGACAGAAGGGGGGGGGAAACACGCGGAGAUGGAGGAUGCAGGAGAUGACAGGAAGGCGGCGUUUCAGGGCUAUGGUCAGGACGAGACACAAUUUUUUUUGCAGUUUAACUUUUUAACCUCUGAUGAUUAAUCAUUUGACAUCUAAAAUGAGGAUCAAUGUCUGUUAGGUCGGUUUUCUUAGAGUAAAUUGCAAAUCAGUGAUUGGAGAGAAAGAAAAUUUAGGGGGAAAAGUGAUUUGGACUUUUAUUUCUCCACCUUCAAUCAUCAUUUUCUGUUUCUUGUGUGACAUCCUGAUCGCAAAGACCUGAAGCAAAGAGGGAGGGAAGAUGGAGCGAACAAAGGAGGGCGUUGAGAAGGAAUGGACCUGCAAGCGUAACAACUGGAUUUCUUAAAAGUGGACACGCAGUGCGAGAAGUGAAAUAAAUAUAUAAUUAAAUAAUAAACCAGCAUACAAUUCGUAUUGUUAUUUAAAGAGGACUCUGGAAAAGAGGCGGUUUGGACUCGGACGUUUCCGCGGCUCUCUGGGGUCUGGUGCUAUUUCAGAGCUCAGCGGUGUCCCUCCGUCUAUUUUAAGGAACCCUGAAGGAGACGCGCUGGAGAAACUGGAGCUCAAACUGGCAACAGAAAACAGAAGAUGCAAAUGCAAACCAUGAAACGGGUGGAUCAAAGAGUGUUAAAAGGAAAAAAAACAACAACAAAGGGAACGUGUAUGGUUAUUUUACAUCAAUGUAUUGUUUCACAAGGACGCUCAGUUGACUGAGAAGCUUAAGUGCAGCUAUCUCUAGUUCCAGAUUUGUAUUUAAAAGCACUCUUAACGCACAGGAAAGCCCAUCAUCUUCAGGACCGGUGUGGUUUGCUGCAGCUUCCUCCGACCGCGCAGGUUAAUGAAGCUUGGUAGUCGCGGCCAUCUCGACACCUUCAAGAUCUGCGCUGUUUAAACAAGCGGCUCGCAGCAGCGGUUCCCGCUCCGUGACCUUCAUGUGACAGCGAAGUGAACAAAACCUCCAUUACAGAGAUUAAUGUGCUGUAUCUGCCGUAAUGAAGCCGGACGGGGGAGACAGAGCGGACCGCUUCUCCUCACGUUGCUGCGCAGCCCGUGACGGCAACAAGGAAAACAUCCCAUUUCGCCGCCUGUUUACAAAAUUUACAAACCUGUACCAUGAGGUUUUUCUUGCAUUUUGUCGACUUUCGGUUGUAAUUUGAGUGACAAAUGACUAACAUGAGCAGAAAAAAGACUGGAAAACAGAAGUGACUGCAAUUUAUUACUUGGAGAAAUAGUAGAUCUGAGAAGAAAGUAUAUUUUAUUAAUGUUUCCCACUUUGUUUUCUAUGUUUUAUACAUGAGUAUUAUUGUGUAUUCUCUUGAUAAACUAGUC